UUGCCCACCCCAGAUGAGAACCUAUUAGUACAAAACUGCAUAAAUAAACUCGAAAAAAGCCUAAACCAACACUUAACAAACUUUAGAGAAGAAGAACAAAAGAAUGACUACUACUCAACUUCACAUCGCACUCCUUGCUUUCCCUUUUGGCAGCCAUGCAGCUCCCUUACUCACACUUGUCCAAAAACUCUCUCCAUUUUUACCAUCAGACACAAUUUUUUCCUUCUUCAACACAUCACAAUCCAACACCUCAAUCUUCUCUAAAUCUUCAAAACCAGACAACCUCAAAAUCUACAAUGUUUGGGAUGGUGUCAAAGAAGGAAACGCCACCCCAUUUGGUCGUGAAGCCAUUGAACUCUUCAUACAAUCAACUCCUAAUAAUUUUCUUAAGUCCAUGAAAGAGGCAGAGGAGGAAACAGGGGUAAAAUUUUCUUGCAUUUUUAGUGAUGCAUUCUUGUGGUUUUCUUGUGAAUUGGCUGGGAAAAUGAAUGUCCCUUGGAUUGCUUUUUGGACUGCUGGUUCUUGUUCUUUAUCAGUUCAUUUGUACACCGAUUUAAUUCGAUCCAACGAAGGAACAUUAUCAAAAAUCCCAGGAUUCUUGUCAAGUUUAAGGAUGAGUGACAUGCCACCAGAAGUUGUAGCAGAGAGUUUAGAGGGUCCAAUGCCAUCUAUGCUAUACAACAUGGCAUUAAAUUUGCACAAAGCAGAUGGUGUUGUACUUAAUUCUUUUGAAGAACUGGAUCCAAUAAUCAACAAAGACCUCAAAUCCAAGAUCCAAAAGGUACUCAGCAUUGGCCCUUUAGUUCUACAAUCAUCAAAAAUGGUACACUUAGAUGCUAAUUCUGAUGAAAGUGGAUGCAUCAAAUGGCUAGAGAAGCAAAAUGAAAAAUCAGUAGUGUAUCUUAGCUUUGGUACUGUCACAACAUUACCCCCUAAUGAAAUUGUGGCAAUAGCAGAAGCACUAGAAGCCAAAAGGGUACCUUUUAUUUGGUCAUUAAGAGACAAUGGGGUUAAAAUUUUGCCUAAAGGGUUUCUUGAAAGAACAGAAGAAUUUGGGAAAAUAGUUUCUUGGGCACCCCAAUUGGAAAUCUUGGAACAUUCAUCUAUUGGUGUUUUUGUGACACAUUGUGGAUGGAAUUCUAUUUUGGAAGGCAUAUCAUAUGGUGUGCCUAUGAUUUGUAGGCCUUUUUUUGGUGACCAGAAACUGAAUAGUAGAAUGGUGGAAAGUGUUUGGCAAAUUGGUUUGCAAAUUGAAGGUGGGACUUUCACCAAAAGUGGAACAAUGAAUGCAUUGGAUACAUUUUUCAAUGAGGAAAAAGGGAAGGUAUUAAGGCAAAAUGUUAAAAGGCUAAAAGAAAAAGCAUUAGAAGCUGUGAAAUCAGAUAAUGGGAGUUCAACUGAAAAUUUCAAGGUUCUAGUGGAGCUAGUUAAAUGUCACAAGGCCACUUAAUUGUAUUAGUAUGUUAUAAUUGCAGUAUGUUAUAAUUGUAAUAUGUGACUGUGUUAUUAGCUGGAAUUUGCUUCAGUCUAUUGUAGAAUAAAUUCUUCUUGUAGUCUCCUAUGUUAUUGACUAAAUUUUGUGAUGUAAUCCUUAGUGUGUGAUAUAAAAUUUUAUAUAUAUAUGGUAUGA